AUAUGACGUCAGUACGUACAGCGCGACCUCUCAGAGAAGAUAAACAAAAAAGGAAGGAAGCCUUCGGCCGAACGAUCGCGGCAAAACCGGUUUCAAACGUGCGAGCUACAUUUAGCAACCUCAUGUGCCACUUCAUUGCUUAAAGCCUCACCAUCUAACUUUCCCAGUCAUGGACGAGGGACUCAUAUUUCGAAUGAGUGCGUUUUCCGAGCAAGGGGGGAGGAAAUACAUGGAGGAUGUGGUCGAGAUAAGAAUCGAGUACGAGCCCACGCCGUCGCCCGUCGAAGACGAUCUGAAGUCGCAGGGACAUGGAGUCCAGGCGAAGGCGGACAGUGAGCCUAAACAACAAACGCCCGACAACGAGACACCGGAGCGCAUGGUCGCAGCCGAGUCGGGCCCGGCCUGCGCGAUGUGGGUCGAGAGCCCGCCUCACGGGGACGAGCGCGCGCCGCCGGGGCCGGAGAAAGAAGUCGCGGAGCGCGCGGUCGACACGCGCAAUUCCGUGGCGUUUUUCGCUGUUUUUGACGGCCACGGGGGCCGAGAAGCGGCACACUUCGCGAGGGACAAUCUGUGGGAUUUAUUAAAAAAGCAGCGGGGCUUCUGGUCGAAGGAUCACGGCGAAGUGUGCGCCGCUCUGCGGAAGGGCUUCGUCGCCUGUCACCACGCGAUGUGGAAGGAGCUACCGGCGUGGCCAAAGACCAUCACCGGCCUGCCCAGCACGUCCGGCACCACCGCCAGCGUGGUUGUGAUCCGCGGGGUCCACAUGUACGUUGCCCAUGUAGGGGACUCUGCCGUAGUGGUCGGAGUGCAAGAAAACGACUCGGAUAUCACGCUGCAGGCCCUGGAAAUAACACAAGACCAUAAACCUGAACUUCCCAAAGAAAAAGAAAGGAUUGAACGCCUGGGUGGCAGUGUAAUGAAAAAAUCCGGGGUGAACCGUGUGGUGUGGAAGAGGCCCCGGCUGACCCACAACGGGCCUGUGAGGAGGAGCACCGUCAUUGACCAGAUCCCCUUCCUGGCCGUGGCCCGAUCCCUCGGUGAUCUGUGGAGCUACGACUUCUACAGCGGGGAGUUUGUGGUGUCACCGGAGCCCGAUACCACCGUGAUGACCCUUGACCCCAACCGGCAUCGCUACAUCAUCCUCGGCAGUGAUGGACUGUGGAAUAUGAUGCCACCCAAGAAUGCAGUCAACAUGUGUUCCAGCCACGACAAAAUGGUGGGGCCGAAGGGAAUGUCCUGCGCCCGCCGGCUGGGAUGCACCGCCCUGCUGUUUUGGAAAGAGCGCAUGCUGCGUGCAGACAACACCACGGUGAUUGUCCUGGCCCUGCAGGAGCGCGGCGGCCCGCCCGUCCCCAUGCAUCGGGACGAGAUCGUUGUGGACAUGUCUACGGGAAUGGACCAUGUUCCCUUCCCGGGAACUACCUAUAACACAUGCGUGGUGCCAAAGCAGAGUGAUGCAUCAAACGCUCCCUCACAACACCAGGAACGUUGCGCCGCGCUGUGGCGGGCAUGUGGGCUGCACGAAGCAGCUUCCCGCGCCCCCUCCCAGCUCUUACCUGACGCUGACUCCGUGGGGGCCGCCCUGCCCCCCCCGGAUGCUUCAGUGAACGAUUUCGAAAAGCAGGCCUCCCCGACCCAAGCGGACUGCGCGCCUCCCUUUAAAAGGUCUCGGCGCUCUCCGCACACACGCACCAGACCGAGAGGUGCGCGCCGUCGCCCCGGCCCGUCCUCUGGCAAAGGAGCCCCCCCGGAGACCCCGGACAGGGACGUACAAAGUGAACAUUCCAGUCAAAAGAGAAGCUCCCCCGAGGGGAGCGGCAUCUUCCCACAGCACCCAAACUCUACUUUGUGCGUGUGCUGAUUUCUGUCUCAUGGAAACGGUCUUUUUGCUCUGAGGUGGGAAGGAUUGAUCCGUAUCAAGGUCGCCACGGGCUUAUUCCUAGAUGUUUACUUUUUUAUACAACAAGUCUUUGUUUUUUGUAAAUAUGUGGGAGAUUUGAGAUUGUGAAUGUCUUGCUGUUUUAACCUUUUCUUCUCUCCUUGCUGUCCCUACUUUAAAAUUGAGUGUUGGCAGACAUUUUUAAAUCCAUUAAAUCCGCGCAAUCUAUUUUUUAUACGUAUAAGUGUCUAUAGUAUAUUCAAAAGAUGUAUUUUGAGGAUGAAUAACUACAAUCUUGGGUAACAUCAGUUCAACAAAAAGAUGAGACAUCCAGAUGGAAUUUCUAAUGAAUGAAUUCUCUGUUUUAGAUUGAUAUGACUUGUCCGAUGCCAUAACAUCCCAGUCUUUUCUUUAUUCGAGUGAAUACCUCAGACCAGUCUUUUCUGGGAUGAAAUAUGCUAUUAUGCCAUUGUUAGUCGUUUUUUUAUGGUUCAAUUGAAGCUCUUGUUAGUGGUGAUACUGUAGCGUGGAAAUAAUGGAAUUAUUUAAAUGAUCGGAGGUAUUUUUUGAGGGUAGUGAUUAUAAAUCUGUCUUGUUUUGUAUUUACUAGUGACUAAUUAGGUACCGCCAUGAUCACAAUUGCUACUCAGCUAAUUGAUCUUAAACAUAACUUGUCAGGAGGCGUUAAAGGGUCUGUUCAUCCCAAUCAUUUCGCUGGUGGUACUCUGUUGGUGCACAUAAUGUGUGAUUGUAGUGAACUGACCCUUUGACGGAACAUUGCCUGACAAUUCAUCCUUGUUGGAGCGAUUCAUCUCCAUUUUUGACUUGACCGAUGGGUAUUGGUACUGUAUAUGGUGCUCAUGUGAAAAGCCAAGAUCAAUACCUGUGCCUCACUGGAAGGUGGUUUGGAGUAUGCUUUCUUCUUGACUUAUGUUUGCACAAGACCCAGUUUAUUUGAAGUGCCACCUGGGCACUGACACCUGUCCAAUAGCCCUUUCCAUUCUUUUUUCAUAUCUUGUAUCCGUGUGUGGUCUGACCUCAUUACUUGUGUUUUUAAUCUGCAUAUGAAACACCUAAUGGUACGAAUGCAGGAAGUGCCCGUCACAUGGGGUGUAUUGUGAAUUUGUAUCUUGUGUUAACAAUGGCAGCUCAGAUACUGUUUCAGCAGUUUUUUUUCCCCCUUCCUUUCCCAUUAAAGUGUAAUGGUUGCUUUGCACAAAUGAGUUCGAGGUGCUAUUCACAUGUUUUCAUAUUGAGGACUCAAACGGGUGAGAAUCUCCAGGACAUCUCAAUGUCACCUUACCAUCCACACGUCCUGUUGAUGUUAAGGUGACAAAGCAGUCUGUUGAUUUUUUACAGCACGUCAAUAUGCAAUAGAAGUUUGUACAUUAUAUUAUUAUGCAAAAUGUUUUUUCAGGAGUCAAGCAUGCUCGGAUAUACUCUAUGUCGUGAAGUGUCCAGAGGUAAUGGAUGUUAAUGGGCAUGUGUUUAGUUUUUGACAAUGACAAUACUUUGUGUCGGGCUUCGUAUCCACUGCAAGCUGUUUUCAGGACUAACUGUAUAAGCUACAUGCGUUGAAAGGGACGGGAUAAACGUGGUCUGUGUGUUGUAAUAAAGUUCUCAUUUUCUAAA